AUGUUGUUAAAAUCUUUGAUGUCCGUGUUUCUAAUCGUCGGCAGCGUGAAACAUGUCAACGGCAUCCGUUGUUACGAAUGCAACAGCGCCAACAACUCGAUGUGCCUGGACCCGACGGUCUACGACCAGGAGACGGUGAUGAGGUUCCUCGGCACGGCUAACUGCGAGGCGGGGGUCCACACUGCCGAGAGGAAGGGAUUCUUCUGUAGGAAGAUAGUGCAAACCAUACUGCACAAGGGUCAUGACCCCGAGGUGCGCGUGACCCGCGGCUGCGGCUGGGUCAGACACCACCGCGACUGCUACAAGGCCGACAACGAAGACCAUCUGGAGACCGUCUGCCAGUGCUUCACCGACGACUGCAACGUUGGCACCGCUUUUUCGUACUCCGUGCUACUGACGACGGCUCUGGGUAUACUGGUCCCUUGCCUACAG